CACUAGUCUCAUAGGGCACAUAUUUUGUCUCCUUAGAUAGUAGUUCUGUCAUGUCUCAUGAUGUGGAUUCAGUGUAUGAAAAUUCUAGCUUCAUACUUCAAACAGUUGCUUCAGGUGAAAAAUGCUCUCGAUACAAAGGUAACUCCACUGAAGAGCAAGAAAGUGUGAGAGAGGUUUGUCUACCUAAACGGACUAAAGUACUUCGGAUGGUUUUUGCUGUCUGUCUGGUUUUUGCUCUUGGAGGUCUCUGUAUUCUGGGGAUACUGUGUUGUGCCGUCCACUGGAUUCAUUCUGGAGGAAAGUGUUACUACUUCUCUACAGUCAAGAUGAACUGGACACGGAGUCGAGAUCACUGUGUGACUCUAGGAGGACAUCUGGUGAUCAUAAACAGCAAAGCAGAGCAGGAUUUUGUUACCUCAAAUGUUGAAGAGACUCACUGGAUUGGUCUCAAUGAUUUGGAAACUGAGGGUAACUGGGUUUGGGUGAAUAACCAGCCAGUUAACGAUUCAGUAAAAUUCUGGAUGGAACGAAAGGAUGAUAUCAGUGAGCCUGAUAACUGGAGUGAAGAUGAUCCAGACGGUGAAGAUUGUGCUGGUCUGGGAGAUCCAGCCGGAGGGACAGAUUUCUGGAUGGAUGCUUACUGUUUUAAAAGGAAAAGAUUUGUGUGUGAAGCUGUUGCAGCUGUUUAAUUCAUCACUCUUCAGUAGAUUUUUCUCACAUUUAAAAAAAAAAUAAUUUACUCACCAUUAUUCAGAACCAACUUCAUUGGAACACAAAGAUACAUUUUGAAGAAUGAUGUGCACUUAAUAUUUUCCUUAUUUUCUUAAUGUUUUGUUGCUUAUUAAGCCAAACUGGAUUACUAUACAAGAUAAUCUCGGCUAAAUUCAGCAAAUGCUUUGUAUUAAAUGUAAGACUUACUAUUUUACAUUAUUAUUGAAGUUGCAAAAAUGUGCAAGUUUCUGCUUUUAAUACUUUCUUUGCACCCAGAGUUUCCAAGUUUGGGGCAUGUUUUGGCAUCUGCAUUUUUGGUAAAUUUGUCGAAAUUGAAUGUUGUUGUUGUUGCUAAUUUACAAUAAAAUUACUUUGGAUAAAAGCAUC